AUGUUGGCUCCAUUCGUCUCGUCUGAAAGAGGCCAAGUGCAUCGUGUUUCAUGCCCAUCUUGCGAUGCCAGUCUUGCCGGUCCGAGGGACCGUGACAUUGUGUGGUUGCAUCAGGUCAGCAGCGAUCGACGGCCGCGUGGUCGCAAAUCGUGCCCCAACUGGUCAGCGCAGAAAGCCAGCCUCAAGUCUGUCAGCGACCGGCCGAACCCCACAUUGCCUUCUCUGCGCAACGAGGGUGGGGUUGGAUGCUUUAGCUCCCGGUACAAGUGGAAGCGACGCCAAGUCACGCCCCGCCCUGUCCAUUGCUGGUGUCCCCCGGUCCCGGUACGGAAGAGGAUCCUGUCGAAGAGACGCCCUCCCCUCCGGUCCCCACUCGCCGCCUCCGUCUAUACUGUCUGCAACUCCUCCAAUCCCGUCGAUGUGCACCACUUUGACGUGUUGCCGGCCCCGGCCGGUCGGGCAAUGAAGCGCAGGCAAACUGGGGUCGUGGAAGUUGGCGAUUUGUCUGACGACGCUAUUGGCUGA